AUGCCUCGUCCUGCAGCCUCAGGCUACGAAAGACUCGCUCAGGAUGCCCAGUUCUCAGAUUCGGAUGAUGACGAUCGUGAUUCUAUCGUUGACUAUCCCGGCCGCGUUGUUUCAAUCCAGCCGCACCCAACAGCUAUCCACCCAACGCCAUACACUCCGAUAUCCCCCUCUGUUACCCAUCACAAUGGUCGGGCUAUGAAACGUACGCGGAGCAAUAGCUCUGGCGUUGACAUUAAAGCUAUCAACGCGCGCUUGGAACGUUGGAGUAGGGAGAUCGCUAGCAAAUUCAAAUUAAAGAAAGGACGGUCCCAUCAUGACCAACCACCCUUGGAGAUCGUUUAUUCUGUCUUUUUACCACCGGAUGGCUCUAGACCCGCGUUGGAUGGGACUCCAGAAGCUUCACCAGAGCUACCGGAAAAUACGCAUCUUGCACAGGAGCAGUUUGAAGAGAUCAUAGAGUCUGUUAGAACUGCUAUUAGAAAAGGCAUUGAUCCUAAACUUAUUAAGCAAGGAUCAUCAGGAAGCUAUUUUAUGCGGAAUAGUGAUGGGAAGAUCGUGGGAGUUUUCAAGCCGAAGGAUGAAGAGCCAUACGGAAAACUGAAUCCAAAAAUGAUGAAAUGGCUGCACCGCACUUUGUUUCCAUGUUUCUUCGGUCGUGCAUGCUUGAUACCAAACCUUAGUUAUAUAUCCGAGGCAGCGGCUUGUGUUCUUGACCGACAGUUAAGAACGUUUUUGGUUCCUUACACGGAUAUUGUUAAGCUAUCUAGCAAAGCUUUUCAUUAUGAUUAUUGGGAUCGUCGAGCAUAUUACAGGAGAUCUAAGCCGCUGCCUCCGAAGGUUGGAAGUUUCCAAGUAUUCCUUCAGGGAUUUCAAGAUGCAAACGUAUUCCUUCGUAAACAUCCAUGGCCGGAUCAGUACAAUUCUGGUUUCCGGACAGAUGCUGCCCCGAGGAGACGAGCACCCUGGGCCUCGGCUUGCCGGCCAAGUGGCGAUGAAGAUGAUCUUUCUGACGGUGAUUCAAAUACACCCUCUCAGACUGAUGAUCCGAACAACAGACGGUUUGUUUGGACCGAGCAGCUUCAACAAAACUUUAGAGAAGAACUCGAAAAACUCGUAAUUUUGGAUUACAUCAUGAGGAAUACAGACAGAGGUCUCGACAACUGGAUGAUCAAAGUUGAUUGGAAGACCCAGGAAGUUUCAGUUGCUAGUCAUCCAACUCACCUCAACGUCAAUUUACAGCCGGCUACACAGACUCUACAGGCUACGGCUAGCGAGCCGAACCCUGCUGGAAUAAAUAAUAGUCUGCGCCCGGCUACGCCGAUAUACCGAGUUCAGGAGCCUAUGGUCGCAAGUUCAAGAUCUGUCACUCCCCAAAUCGGUGCCAGUGCCACAAUUAAAAUUGGCGCCAUUGACAACUCAUUGGCUUUUCCUUGGAAACACCCGGAUCAAUGGCGUAGCUUUCCAUUUGGUUGGCUAUUCCUCCCUGUAUCACUUAUUGGACAACCAUUCUCCCAAAAAACUAGAAAUCAUUUUAUUCCGUUGCUCACGUCUACGAAAUGGUGGGCCGAAACACAGACGAUGUUGCGAAGAUUAUUCGAACAAGACUCGGACUUUAAAGAGAGAAUGUUUCAAAAGCAAAUAGCAGUACUCAAGGGACAGGCUUUUAAUGUCCUUGAAACUUUGAAAACCCCAGACCAGGGUCCUUUGGAGCUUACAAGGAGGGCAAGAGUUCACGUUUGGGAUGACGAGAUGGAGGUACCUGUCGCAGUUCCCUUGCGUGUACCAUCAUCAGAAUCUCGCCACCGUCGAGAAACAGAUCUGGAACGUGGUUUUGACGAAGAGGCUGAGAUGGAUAUCGGUGCUGCUGUCGCCUCGGCGCCCCUCUUGCGUGAACAUGAUCUCCUGGGUCUUUCACCCCCUAGAUCGGAAAUUCCUAGUUCUGCAAGACUUGGAAUGUCAAGGACUCAUAGCCUUCAGAGUGAUCAAUCGGGAUCAUCUUCGAAUCAGAAUGGCGAUAUUCUUUCUGCUUCCCCACUGUCCGCGGUAGACUCGCUAGCUUCUAAGUUCUCAUUGGGACAUGAAGCGAACCCGAGUGUACAGUCCUCUUCAAUGAACGCCCCCCGAUCAAGCCGUCGCAGCCAUAAGAGCUUCGAUGAGCGACGGUCCCCUAUUGAAAGGAAGAAACCAGGACCAAACUUUCUUGACCAGCGGAAACGGAGAUUUUCUUUAACUUCCAGUGCGGGACCGCCACGAAAUGUGUACAAUGAUGAUGAUGCCGAAGGUGAUUUAGGGUACUCGGCUGUUGACGGAAGCGAAGGGGCCCAAAGGAAGGUUAUAGUAGAGAGACUGGAGGCUGUGAAAUCAAGGAAUCCGGUGUUCACUUGGUGUUAA